UGUCUCCGAAAGCAUAAAUUCCACAAAAGUAGAAAAACAAUCUGCGAUAUGAGAAAUACAAUUAUAAAAUUAAAUAAUUCCUUCGUUAGUGCUUUCAAAUCCAGUAAAAGGUGAAAAAGCCGUCGAUUUUUGUUGGUUUUGCGCAUAGGGAGAUAAUUUUUUGCCCCACUCUUGUGUGGGCACCCUGAGCCGAUUGCAUCGUUCGAAUCAAAGUGGCGGCAUAAACAAUUGAAUCAUUUGACAGGCUAGAAAAUUGACAAUGGAGGCUCUCUUACACGAAUUGGAUCAGUUCGUUUACGUCCCUAUGACGCGGGCAGCAAGCCGGCUGGUUGUGGCCUUUGUCGCAAACCGAUUUUUUGGAGAAAUUGCCUUCAACUCCGUGCCCAGGGCAUUUAUAAAGCUGGGCUGCUAUUUUGGUGUUAUCCACUUAUUUUUCCUGGUUUCGUUUGAGCUGUUUUUGUUCUCGAUAAGCACGAUUAUGAUUUUUGCCGCAUGCUUUUGUAUUGCUUUGCUUCUCAAAAAAAUGCUUAAAUGGGAUGUGCAAAAAACGCUAAAAAUACUAAUCUUAAUUUAUUCCUGGUUUUGUUUUAGGAUUCAUACGGAAAGGGGCGACUUCGAUGAAUUCAUUCUUAUUUUCGUUAUUUUGGCUAUUAAAUUGUUAUGCGCGGCUGAGACGUUGGAAAAGAAAGCCACGUUCAAGCUGCCGAAAGUGUUCGUCUUGGUCUCGUAUUUGUGCUACCUACCGUGGAUCACCUUCACUGAUUUUGUCCAACUUUUCGACAAACGAAACCAAGUGAACCAAGAUUGGUGGAGGAUGGUCACGUCAGCGGCCUCCCGCGUUAUUCUUUACAAACUGAUGUCAUUCAAAAUGAUUGAUUACGACAUAGUCGGUGAUUUUUUGCUAAAGCCACAAAUAUUCUCAAUUUUGCGAGCAGCCCAGUUCAGGACUAAGUAUUACUACACCGCGCAAGUGGUCGAAUUUGAGAUCUUGGCACUCGGCUUAAAAAAAUUCGAGUGGUUAAGACACUCAGUGUUUGACUUCCACGUGGCUGAAUUUUCUAUCCUCAUCAAAGACUGUUUCCUAAACCUUAACAUCCCCUUGACAACAUAUAUCCGUGACAAGAUUGCAGCAGCAAAGGAUAAACGUGUCGUUUUGUUCCACGUUCUGGCAAUAAUCUUCAUUGUGGCCACUUAUAACAUUAGGUAUUCAGUCUUGUGGAUGCUAGUCUUGGGUAGCAUGUACCUGCAAGAAAAAGCACUGCAUGCGCUUGCCAGUUACUACGACAUUUGCCUGUUCACGUGCCCCACACCCUUUUGUUACCACAAUUUCGGGUCGCGCAAAUAUAGCUAUUGUUUUUUGUAUUCAGUUCUAGUCGUGCACAAUCAGUUUCGCAUCUCCAUACUUUUUGUAAGUCCCACAACUGUUAAUUUCAUGUCGUCGUUCACGUGCACGCUUUUUGCCAUUGCCAUCGACAUGGUCAUAAUCCUCCUCAUGAGCAUGAAACGUAAGACUGGCGAGUUCCACUACUUCAGGUAUCUGAAGAAAGACUGAUUUUAAUGUGUUCCGCUAUUUUAAUUUAUAUGACAAUGUUUUGAAAUAAAAGUUUUGCGUAUUAA